AUGGACCGGCAGAACUCUCAGAAAGAGGUUGCUGGCUUUAGCCUUGUAGAAAUGAGCAGCGAGGGUGGCCAGGGGGCCGCCGUCAGAGCUGCCACCUUGUGGGAGCGAAACCAGCACCUGCCUCGGGGUAGCAGCUGCGCCGGCCGCCGAGGGUUUCUCUGGCCAGCGUUGCUCCCACUAGUCUACAGCGUGGGGCGUAUCUUUGCAAACCUCUUCAAGGGCCUUUUUGGCAGAAAAGAGAUGUGUGUUCUCAUGGUGGGCCUAGAUGCUGUGGGAAAGACCACCAUCCUGUACAAACUGAAGCUGGGUGAAAUCGUGACCACCAUUCCCACUCUAGGCUUCAACGUGGACACCGUGGAAUACAAGCACAUCAGCUUCACUGUGUGGGACAUGGGCGGCCAGGACAAGAUCCGGCCUCUGUGGCGCCACUGCUUCCAGAACACACAAGGUCUCAUCUUCAUGGUUGGCAGCAAGGACAGAGAGCGUGUGAAUGAGGCCCGAGAGGAGCUUAUGAGGCUGCUGGCAGAAGACGCACUCAGGGACGCCGUUCUGCUCGUGUUUGCUAACAAACAGGACCUCCCCAAUGCCAUGAAUGCAGCUGAGAUCACCGACAAGCUGGGGCUGCACUCUCUGCACCACAGGAACUGGUACAUUCAGGCCACCUGUGCCACCAGCGGGGACGGGCUCUAUGAGGGACCAGACUGGCUGUCCAAUCAGCCCCGGAACCAGAAGUGA